GCGGCGCUUCAGCUGAACACGACGCCGAAGCCGGGGAAACGAGUUGUGAAGUGCAGCUACCGCGGUGCUGCAAAGCGAGUGGAAACAAGCAGGAGUUUCACACCGCAGCGCUUCCGGGAGGGAAUUUCUUACAGAAUCCUGCGGGGGGGAGUUUGCAGCUGACCGCAAGGUUACUGAAGUGCAGCCAAAAAGACAGAAAAAAGAGGGGAAGAAGUCCCUACAAGAUGUUCAGUAUUCCCCUCCACGUUGCUGCUCAGGGUGGUCUCGUAUUCGCCAGGCUUUUAGUUUAAAGUCUCGCCUCAUGUGUGACCGUCGUUAGUGUACGUGCUAAACGGACUGUCCGUCUUGCCUCAGCAGUGAAAUUCUCCACUAAAGCGGGGAAAGGAGUCCUGGGCUCUGCGUUAUUCUGCAGUUCCGCGGUGGUGGUCCCUCACUGAGGGGGGGGGGGCGAGGGGGAAACAGUUAACAGAUCCAGUAUUUUCAACGAAAUGGGAAAAGGGUCCUCCUCUGUCCAGUAAGAAUGUUUCCGUCCCACAGAGAGAGGGAGCAGCCCAUUUUCAGUACACGAGCUCAUGUGUUCCAGAUCGAUCCAGCCACUAAGCGUAACUGGAUCCCAGCCAGCAAGCAUGCUGUCACUGUCUCGUUCUUCUACGAUGCCAACCGCCACGCCUACCGCAUCAUCAGUGUGGGAGGGACCAAGGCUAUCAUUAACAGCACAAUCACACCUAACAUGACAUUCACUAAGACGUCCCAGAAGUUUGGCCAGUGGGCAGACAGCAGGGCUAACACAGUUUACGGCCUCGGCUUCGCCACUGAGCAGCAGCUCCACCAGUUUUUUGAGCGCUUUAAAGAGAUAAAGGAAGCUGCCCGUUUGGCCAGAGAGAAAUCACAAGACAAAAUGGAACUGGCCAACCCUGCCCUGAACAUCGCAGCCCCACAGUUCUCUCAGGAUUUGUCGGAUGAGCUGCAGUCCCCCCCUGUGAUGUGUGUGAACGGACCAGAGGACAAGCUGUUCCGCAGCCAGAGUGCAGACAUCACUCUCUCAUCAGAGAAAGAGCGCAUCAAAAAGAUGCUCUCUGAAGGCUCGAUCUGUGAGAUGAACCUGGAGGCUGAGCUGUUCACCCUGCAGGACAGCAAUGCUAAACUGGUGGCAGCACUGCAUGAGGCUAAUGCCAACGUGGAGCAGUGGAAGAAGCAGCUGGCAGCCUAUCAGGAGGAGACAGAGAGGCUGAGAGAACAGGUGGCAGAUUUAGAGGCUCAUGGGGGUCAGGGCCCCAGUGAUAUGCUGAAGGAUGAGCUCACCCAAUCCCUGGAGGAACUGGAGGCUUUACUCAAGGCCAAAGAUGAGGAAAUCCGCAUUCUUCAAGCAAAGAAGUCCAACUUCCAUGAAAUGGAGCAGGAGAGAGAAGAAGCCAUUCAUAGACUACAGGAGCUGGAGAUGCGUAACAUGGACCUGGAGCGGAGGGUGCAAAACUCUGAGCAAAGCCUGGCCUCUACACUAGAGGAUCGGGACCGCGUGGAUAACGAGGUCCAGAGGGUCAUCCAGAUACUCGACGUCAAAAUCUUCGACCUCAACGACCUCCGACAGAGUCUGGUCAAACUGCUGGAGAAAUAGAGUGAGAGUGACCUUCUCACUGACCUGCAGGAGCUGAGGUCUAGAAGACAAUGGUGGUCCAGCCCUCAGCCUCAGCUCAACAACCUGGCUCCAGAACAUAGAGGGGCAGUCGAUCAGGAGGCGCCACAUUGCAGCAUGUAGUGUAGCUAUGCUUUUCAAAUAGAGAAUGGAAGAGGCUAAGAUGUGCUAGUUAACACACUUUCUUCAGUUUUCUUUGCCGUUUUCUCUCAAUUUUUCCGCACUAAGUUGCAAUUUCCGUUAACAGAUUAGCAAUAAGUCAAUCUCAGUUUAAGUCAGUAUUAAGUUAAUAAUGACAGGGGGGAAAGUACUAUUUUUGAUACAGUGUGUGGAGCAUGACCAUAGUGGAAUUAAAGAGCCAGACUACAAGUUACGUAUUAAAUUACAUUGUCAAAGAUGUAAACAAUGCACAUUUAUACAGUAAGGAUGGUAGAACUAAUCAGUAUCAUGGUACUAUUUUAGAAUCCUUUCUUAAAGAAAUGGCACAGACUAGCAAACAACUAACAUGGAAUAACACAACUGUCUAUGGUUGAGCACAAGCUAAGCAUACUGAAUCUCUUUAUUACUUCAUGAGAUUCAAGUUUAUAUGAACUCAUAAAUUCAAGAGAUUAAUUUGAAAGAUUAAUGAGUGAGUGUACCACAUGGAUGCGGCUUCUUCGCUCAGAAGAUAAGCAGUGCUAGAGCUGGAGACACGUGUAUACCAAAGACCAGCGGAACGGUCACUGCUCUACUGAGGGCAGCACUGCUCGAUUUGAUUGCUUAUUUGAUGGUAUGGACUGUAUUGAAAAUAGCUGUGAUCACACAUUGGUGGGAUGUGGAACCCAAUAAUGUCAUGAUGUCCCAGUAAUGUCAAUAAUACUACUACUAAUAAUGAUAUAAUUUGUACUUACCUUUGUCAAAAACAUAACUUGCCUAACAUUAUACUGGGAACUGAAGAGUGUAUGAAUAGUGUAAAUAGUAUUACCAUACAAAAGUGUUAUCAUUUGGAAAAAAUAUAAUUUACUGAUAAUGCAAUAAGCUAUUACACCAGAUCAACAUGAAAAUGUAAUUCCCAACAAUGGAAAACAGUGUUACAUUCAGUAUAAACAGUUAAUGUAUUGUAUUACAAUAUUAAGAGUUAUUGCAUUGUUUUUGACUAAGUGCAAAACUUACUCAUUUUAUUACAAAAUCUGGAAUAUCGUACAUUAUUGGGGUCAUAAUGAUACAGAAGUUUAUAGUUGCAUUUAUAGAAAUUUAUUAGAUAGAAAAUACGCAAUUCAUUUGUUAUUCUGACAGGUUCUUGUAGGUUAAGCUAUAACUAAAGAAGUAAUAAGUAUAAGUUAAGAAUCAUUUUCACCAUUCAGGAAUGCAAGCUUUGGCUUGGAUGGGUCGUGUUACAGUGACUUGCUUUUGCAGCUAGAUCGUAGGGCUUCUAUGCAUUGAGUUAUGAUGCCAUAGGCCUUGUAUGACCAAGGUUGCAUGGUUGCAUAUCGGUCGUAGCUUCAGAAAACCUAUUCAGAGCCGUGCUUCAUGUAUUUGUAAAUGUGAACAUAUGUGAUGGUGAAAUGGCUUUAAAACGUGGAGUAAAAUGUUCUGUACCAGUGUUAGAGAGCCUGCAGCCAAUACAAGAUCUUAAGAGGAUAUCAACAUUGCAAAUGCAGGUCUCAAAGUAAUACAUUAAGCUAACCUGCUGUUAACAACCAUGUGCCACUUCAGUAUCUUGUAUAGGGUUUAAUUACCCUAAGGGAUACAGCUACCAAUUCUCAGCAACAUAUCAGGACUUUCUGCAGCUUCUUGUUGACCAACGUCCUAUUCGUAAGUUAAAGGCCUUAUUUUGGUACAGGUGUAGAAGGUGCAAGUACACAUUUCCACAAUGUCACACUUAUUUUUCAUAUUGUGGCCUAUGGUUCAUAGCCAAGUGAAAUUUUGUUGCGCUCUUGCAAACUGCACUAUAAACAGUACUGAACAUAUAGAGCAUAUUAUAUACAUUCAGUUUUACAUUUUGCUGCAGUUAUUUUAAGGCAGCCAUUCUGCUCUGGCCUUGAAUAGUAUCAGUUAACACCUCUCAGUUAAGGUACUAGUUUCUAUGCUGAACCUGUGCACAGUUUCCAUUCAUUAAAAAAAAUAAAAACUUUAUGCCAACUUUAA